CUUGGUUAUAUAUAAGGCCUUCAUUUUUUUUAUUAAAUUCUUUCCUUUGAUGACAUAAUUACGUUGUUCUACAUAAUUUUAGGUGCCUCGUCAGCCAAUAUAAAUUCUCUUGUGUUCUUCUUCAAUGGCUGUUUCAAUGGUCCAAGAGUCCUCGUCGAUUUCUCAAUGCACUUAUGAUGUAUUUUUGAGUUUUAGAGGUGUAGAUACGCGCAAGAAUUUUACGGAUCACCUUUACAUGGCCUUAGUGCAUGUAGGGAUUCACACAUUUAGGGAUAAUGAUGAAAUUGAAAGAGGAGAGAAGAUAAGAGAUGAAAUUGAAAGAGCAAUACAUGAGUCAAAAAUAUCCAUCAUUAUCUUCUCAAAGAAUUAUGCUUCAUCAACAUGGUGCCUUAAUGAACUUGUAAAGAUAAUGGAACAUAGGAAAUUCUCCAAACACAUUGUUUUGCCAAUUUUCUAUGACGUGAAGCCAUCUCAAGUGAAGGAGCAGACAGGGAGUUUUGCAGAAGCGUUUGCUAGACAUGAAGAGAGCCUCAAGUCUGAGAUGGACGUGGUACAAAGAUGGAGGGCUGCUUUAAGAGAAGUUGCGGUUUUGGAAGGCAUGCUUCUAGAAGAUAGGUAUGAGUCCCAGUUCAUUCAAGAUGUUAUUAAACAGGUUCAAAAUAAACUUCAUCGCACUGCUUUAUAUGUCCCUCCUUAUUUAGUUGGAACCGAUUUUCUUGUGACAUGCAUUAAUUGGUGGUUGGGAGAUGGAUCAAAUAAGGUUGGCAUAGCAACAAUAUGUGGAAUUGGAGGGAUUGGGAAGACAACCAUUGCAAAAGUUGUUUACAAUCUUAACAUUCAGAAAUUUGAAGGUUACAGUUUUCUCGCCGAUGUUAGAGAGAUUACUCAAGAGCACAAUGGCCUGGUUCGUUUGCAAAGACAACUUAUUUCAGAUAUCCGUAAGGAAAAAGCAAAUAAAAUAUACAAUUCAGAUGAUGGAAUCACUAAGAUCAAAGAAGUUAUAUGCCGUAAACGUGUGCUUCUUGUCUUAGACGAUGUAGAUGAUUCGGAAAAAAUAACUAAAAUAAUUGGAGCGCAAGUUCCUUUUCAUCCAGGAAGUAAAAUCAUCAUAACUAGUAGGCAUCGAUGUCUACUAAGUGAUCCUUUUAUUAGGCAGAUGUUUGAUCUUGAAGCAUCAUCAAGUUAUGGAGACUUAUGCAAGGUAUUUGAGGUAAAAGAAUUAGCUUUCAAUGAAUCCCUUCAACUUUUUAAUUGGUAUGCCUUCGGACAGAAUGAUCCAAUUGACAGUUAUAUGGAAUAUGCAAGGAGUGUAGUGAAACAUUGUGGUGGGCUUCCAUUAGCUCUUCAAGUUUUGGGUUCUUCUUUGUCUGGUAAAAGUAAAACUGUGUGGAAAAGUGAAUUAGAGAAAUUGAAAGCAAUCCCUAAUAGCAAAAUUCAGAAAAUUCUAAGAAUAAGCAAUGAUUCCCUGCAAGAUGAUCAUGAUAAAAAUCUAUUCCUUGACAUAGCUUGAGCAUUCGUCGGGAAGGAUAGAGAUUUCACAACUACAAUUCUAGAUGGGUGUGAUUACCAUACAGCAAUUGGUAUUGAAAAUCUCAUAAAUAGGUCUCUUUUGGUUAUUAAUGAAAAAAACAAGCUAAUGAUGUAUCAAAUGAUUAGAGAUAUAUGAAGGGACAUUAUUCGUCAAGAAUCUCCUGACCUUGGGAAACGAAGCAGGUUGUGGCAUAAGGAUGCAUUUGAUGCAUUAAGAGAAAAAAUUGGUACAAAAACAAUCAAGUGUCUCACCAUUGACCUACAAAGAUUGCUAGAAGAUAAGUAUGGAAAGACAACUACAAAUCAUUCAAAAAAUCCAUUUCUCAUGUCAAAUGAGGUAGAUAUAGAAACUGAUGCAUUUGCGAAGAUGCAUAGACUUAAACUACUUCAACUAGAUUAUGUAAAACUUAAAGGAGACUAUAGAUACUUUCCGAGAAGCUUAAUAUGGUUGUGUUGGUAUGGAUUUCCUCAAGAAUAUCUUCCUACAGCUUUAGACAUUUCCAAGCUAGUUGUUCUUGAGAUGCACAACAGUAGCCUCAAACGUGUUUGGAAUGAUACAAAGUACUUUCUUCCAAAUUUGAAGAUCCUUAAUCUCAGUCACUCCCAUGGCCUUCUUAAAAUCUUUAACUUAGCAAGUCUUCAUAGUCUUGAGAGGUUGAUGCUGAAAGAUUGCAAAAAGUUGAUUAAGGUUGAUGAAUCCAUUGGUGAGAUAAAGACUCUUAUUGUUUUAAACCUUAAAAGUUGCAAAAGUCUUAGGAAACUUCCAAGGACAAUUGGUUUGCUAGAAUCUUUGGAAGAGCUUAUUUUAUCUGGUUGCUCAACACUUGAUGUGCCUAGGGAUUUGCAGAAUAUGAAAUCAUUAAGGGUGCUUAGCUUAGAUGGAACUGCAAUAUAUGAAUCCAAUUCGUGGUUGCCUUGGCUAUCACUGAAACGAAGCAAAGAGUUGGGUUCCUUUUGGGCAUCUUUGCCAUGUUCUUUGGUAAAGUUGAGUCUUGAAAGUUAUAGACUAUCUGAUGAUAUUAUGCCUGCUGAUUUGAGCUACUUACCUUCCUUGAAAUCGUUAAAUUUAAGUAAAAACCCAAUUCAUAGCCUUCCUAUGAGCAUUAUCCUCCUUACAAAGCUUGACGAACUUCUGCUGACUUGUUGCAAAGAGCUCCAGAGGCUUCCAAAACUUCCAACGAGUGGCUUGCGCAUGAUGAUGUCUCAAUCUUUGUACAGGAUUUCAAGUUUGCCAUGCUUACUAAAUUUGAAAAGGUGUAUAGUCUUUGCCUGUGAAAAGCUAACUGAGGUUGAAGGUGUGUCCAAGUUGGAAUCAAUUGAAAACUUUGAAGUGGAACAGAUCAAAAGCUUAUUUAGUAUGGAUUGGAUCGAGAACAUUGAAUUGCAAAUUUAUAACUAUUUUACAGACACAAAAAUAGUCUCUACCCCUCAGGUAAUUCAUGAGGGUGACAUAACUAUCUGUUUUGUUUCUAAAAGUGGGAUUCCAAUCUCGUUUGAGCAUCGCUGUAAAGGGUCUAGAAUUUAUUUUUCACUGUCACAAAAUCCUACUGAAAAAGUUAGUUGGUUGAACCUAUGCAUCGAAUAUUCUCUCAUAAGUGAUAAUAUAUUUAAAUUUCUACCGUAUGUGUACAUUGUUAAUGAGACCAAGGAGUUGGUGUGGGCUUAUUUAUCAAGUUUCAUUGGAAUUCCUGAAACCGAUAGCAACUCAAUCUUAUGGCUAAUCCACUGGCCAGUAAAGGAUUAUCAGAUGAAAGCUGGGGAUUUUGUGAGCUGUAAAUUACUAUCUUCUGGUUUGGACAUCAAAGAAUUUGGUGUUACAUAUGUGUCAGAGAAGAAGGCUAUACAUGAUGAUGAUUCCCGAUUUUACUGUCAAGGUACGAUUGGCUUGAAAGUAAAUGAAGAGUUACUCAAAUUGGGCUCCAGUGGAAAUAUAAAAGUGCAAAUUGACAAUUAUUUAGAGGAAUCAAAAAUGAUUGUUUCCCCUCAGGUGUUAUAUGACUGUGGGGUAAUUAAUAUCUGAUUCAAGAGUUGCUCUCACAUGGGUUAAUUCUGUCGAACAGAGACCUUGGGAUAAAUGGAGCAUUUUCAAUGAGAUUGAUUCUUUACGUGUCUCACUAGGUACAGUGUCCUUCAAUUACAUCUAUAGAGAA